CCACCGUGGUCCCGUGCCCGAUCAUAAACAAAUCGCGUGUUAACGGACGGGUGGUGCGCGCGCGCGCCUUUCCUUGCACUCGCAUUUAUAAAUACUGUAUCAAAUAUAUAUAGAAGAAAAGAAAAAAACAACGCAGGGUGCUUGCUUAUAUUGUUGUACACACGUAUACAUACUGUGAUAUUAUUUUACGCGCAACGUGAAAAAAAAGGACGUUCGAAGAGCGGGCGAAAAUAAAACGUCGGCAACAACAGUAAUAAUAGGAGGUAAAAAAAUAAGAACGGAGAAGCAUCAUCGGCGGCGGCAGAGUAAAAGGAGGCACCAGCCGAAGGAUCAUGAUGGAAGCUGUUCCUAUUAACAUUCAGAUCCUCAUAGAUGCGGCCGAGUACCUGGAGAGAAGAGAACGAGAGGCCGAGCACGGCUACGCAGCUCUGCUGCCCUUCAGCAAGGAGGAGUCGAGCAGGAAAAAGAUGAGGACGAGAAAGAUUCUCGGCAGCCGUGGAAGAACAGAACUCUGCAGCAUUGAACAUCCCAUUCUAGUUCCUGCAAUAAGGUCUACGCACAAUGAGCUGGAGAAAAACAGGAGGGCCCAUUUGCGCAAGUGCCUUGAGCGCCUGAAGGAGAUGGUUCCCCUUGAGGCCGAAUGUUCCCGCCACACAACGCUGGGCCUGCUUAACAAGGCCAAAAACCACAUAAAGAGGCUCGAAGAGCAGGACCGGAGGGCUCAGCACCAGAAGGAUCAGCUGGAGCGCGAGCAUCGCUACCUGCGGCGGCGCCUGGAGCAGCUGCAGGGCGCGCCGGCAACCGUAGAGCGAAUGCGGACGGACAGCCUGGGCUCGGCGCUCAGCUCGGAGCGCUCCGACUCCGACAGAGAAGAGGUGGACGUGGACGUGGAGAGCCUGGAGCUGUCGGUGGGCGGCGAGACAGACAGCCUAAGCGUGGGCAGCGUGAGCGACGGAGAAAGCAGCGGCAGCAGCAUCCUGGCCAGCUCGGCCAGCGACGGCGGAUACUCGAGCUCCAGCCUCAAGUGGCCCAGCUUCUGCUAGCUCCACGCCCCCCCCCCCCCCCCCCUUGGCCUGCCCUGCCUGCCAACGGGCACAGCACCAGAGUCCAGCUGGCCCUGCCAACCUUCCUCAUCCUGUGCCUGCUGUGCCGCUGGGGCCUGGCCUGCCUGUGUAUGCCUCUGCUGCUCUUUACCUGGCCUGUCCUACUUGGGUAAACGUGACCUGCCCCCCCCACCUCCCCCCCAAGAGAAAUUGUGGAACAACAUUGGGUUCACGUGCAGGCAUUUAGCCUCGGUGCCAAGCCGUGUUUAGGUCUUGUUUUAUUUGUAUUGUUAAUUUUAUUACUAUAGGUAUUUUUGUGAUCACAAACACUUUGGGAUAUCCUCAUAUUUAACAAGCAAGAAUAUUUUUAGAUUUCCCCCCCCAAUUUUCAAAUGUAUUAUUCGAGAAGGCCUUUAUUAACCCUGGAUGAAAUCCUUCUGUUACUAAAAGUAACUCUUUUUUUUAUUUCGUUGAUGGAAGUAGUCCCUUCCCGAUGUCACGUUGGUUUUAACGCUUAAGCGUGAUGCCUGCGUGUUCCUUCUAGGACUCAACUUUAUUCUCGGUGCCCUUACAUUCAGGUAGGGCAAUGUGGGGCUCACAACUCUCCGAACACACAACAUUCCAGACAAGUUUAACAACAGCUGUACUAUUUGAGCAGAAAACUGUGUCGUUUAUGGUGUUAACACAACGCAGGAAAAAAAAAGCAAAAAAUCAGCCUUCAUUGUUUAUAGACAGUGCAUUUUACAAUCAAAGCACUUGAGCUUAUCGGCGAUAAAUAUUAUUACGUUAUCGUUGAAUGUUUCAGCAAACAUGUGAAUAUCGGUAAAAAGAGUUUUAUUUAUUUGAGAACUAUCGGCGUUUGUGAUGGUGCAUCAUCGUAAGCCUUCGUGGCAUUGGCAUGUUGUGUAUAUACGUGGGGGUGAACUGGAGCAUGGCAUGCAUUCGCCAGCACUGCCCCCCCCUCCCCCUCGCGUGUUCGGGAAAUGCAGGAAAACAUACGGCCAGUCAAGCGCCUCUUGGUAUCGUACCAGUCAGGAUAUCGGAAGUGCAUGACAAGAAGCUGAGUUGAUGUAUAAACAGACAAAAUGUUCUAAUUGUUGCAUGUUUACGUUAAGCUUUUCAUUUUCUGAUGAUGGCCCGGAGAAUGACCGAAACUGCAGCGAUACCAAGUUGGUUCCACUUGCUCUAACGUCGCUGUCCGUUUAUUUACCUUCUCGGUGCACCAGCCGGUCGUGCAGACCCCCUAGGGAGCAGUUAACGUGGACCAAAGGCUAGAGUUUUUGCCGAAACACUGCGAGGGAGAUGCUUCAGUAGCUCCCAUAGUUGUCAUUAUUUUAUGUUUUGGAUAUUACUGUUGAAAUUAUUUUUGUCUCUUUUUUUUAAGAGAGCCGAUCUUGUCUUGUGCCAGACAGUUGGUGUCUAGUUUUAUUUUGUGCCAGACUUUCUGAGCAUCUUUUUUAACUGGUACAUUUAAAAAAGAGGAUUGUAGGCAAGUGGACAGACCCACCUGUCAGUGCUUUAUCGGCAUUAAAAGUAAACGGUGACUCUUUGGUAACAGGGUUGCGUUGCUGUGCAAGUUACCUGGCAAUUUGCAUCGUAAAAAAAGAGUUAUUGCCCCCAUCAUUUUUUGGACAACCGAUACAUAGUAACUCCUCAGAGGGUUAACAGUGGCGUGUAAAGUUAAUUCAACAUUUGUGUCAAAUCCGAUUGGGAAUUGGUAAAAUAAUUACAAAAGCAAAGUUGUUACAGGAUAAUGGCUACAAAAAACUGUUAGGCAAGAGGAUUUUGGAUGGAGGCCUGUUGAGACACACAUGUGGCAGUUCUCCAGUGCUGAACAGCACUUGAGUUUGAAUGUUGCCGAGUAAUUUACACGUUGCGUGCUGCUCGCUAUUUACCAGUAGCAUAUGUUUAGUUUGGGUAAAUUUCAGGUAAUUUUGCACAAAACACUGCCCAGUUACUGAAUUGCUGCCAAAUAAUUUUGUACAUUACGUGGCGAUUUUGUAAUGUAGAGCACUGUGAGAUUAUUGUUAACAAAAAAAACAGUUGAAAAAUGUAAAAAAAGACUUGUAAAUAUAAUGUAGAUGUGCAGUGAUUGGCUGUGUAUUUUUACAAACAUUAGUCCUCUGCACUUCUAAAACAGUUGUACAAAAAAAGGCAAUAACUACCUUCCCAGCAUGUAGCCGUGUUAACUUGGUGAGGCUCUUAACACAGUACAUUCUAAUUAUCUUCCAGUGGUUACCUGAGCCAAUGGAAAUGCACAGAAGCACCUCCGUGAUUGAGACAAGUUCGUGGUAAUUUUUUGGAGACUCGAGCGGCUGAGCUGAGGCAACAGGAUUGCGUGCGCGCAACAACAGCGUCGACCGCAAUCUGCGAGUUCAAUGGUGUGAGCAGCCAGUAGCAAAGUGGAUAAUUAAAUGCGAGUGUAAACAUCGUUACUCCACCCUGCGGGCGCUAGCUCUGCACUCGUGAAAUCGCGCAAACAGCAUUGGCGGGCUACGCCAUACUCACCCACUGUUACCGCUCACCCACUACUUCCGAGCCUCUGCGCCACCCAAGUUGACAAACUAAAAAUAUCAGGUGGCGAGUACCGGUCGGUCGGUGUCUGCCGCAGCACUCCAAAUAUUGUGUGGCUUGAAUUAUUGGAAGGUUUCUCGUUGCUCUGCGUGUUUCCACUGGGCACGGUGAUGACAUCUCCAUUCACUUUAAGGCUGCACUGAUCACCCUUAGUGACCAAUUGGGUUGACUGUACAUAGAGCGGUGCACGUUCUACGAGCCAUUGUAUUGUUGGUGUAGUUGUUGCUGGGCGUCGUGAUGAAAUGUAAUGCUGCUCGUUGCCAGACCUUUGCCACGGUAACUGAUCAAGCCUUGGUGCAAUUUAUUUAUGGAUUUAACGUAGGUGCAGCCUUAACGUUUCACCCGAUUACAAAACAAAAGAUACAGACAUUUAAUGAUGACAGCUCAAAAAUUCAGCUGUUUCUGUGUUCUUAAAGUGUAUUUACUUUGUGAACUGUUAAAUGUGUAGCAACAGGAGCUUAAAAAAGUCCUUGAUUCCACAAGUCAACUUUUCUGGGAAUCUCAGGGACUUCACUGCAGUUUUUUUCGUGUGCCUUUUUAGUUUUAAUUUUAUUGGCGGUUUUAAGUCUAAACAAUUGUCAAUGCAAUAUAUGUUUAUGAUCCAAGUGCCCCCACAAGCCCCCCCCUCCCCCGUUGAGACUUGUCUCGACACGUUGAGCAGGGGGGAAAAAACCCCAUCAAUCCGCUUACAAGAUGAAAUACAAUUUUAAGGCACCGAUAACAAGGGUAUAACGCUGCAGUUUGGCAGAGGGAUAAAAGCAGUUUAAGUUACCCUGUACACGAUUACAGUGGUAUGGUAUGCUAAAGAAACCUUUUGUAAGUAAUAAGAAUUUUCAGGCUGUACUUACACGAGUGAGGGACUGUUAAAAUAUAAAAAAGCUCAUACCGUAUUUUCAAGCAAAGCAUAACAAGAGACUAGUUCAUAAGAAAAACAGCAGUGUCACCAGUUUCCAGUGCAUCAAUUUAAUAAGCCCCUUGUACAGGACAUAGGUAAUGUAUUUAGAUGUUGUCUAAAUGAAAAACGACGGUUGUAUUAAUGCGAUGGCGCUUUGAGUGGCAGAUUUGUGCCACAAAGUGCCGCGUGUGGAAGCAAAAAUUUAAAUUGACUUGACUAUAAGCUAAUGCAUAAGAAAAUAAAACCUUUGGUGCUAUAAUGGUACACAGUAGCAUGCGGUCUCGCAGAUAGGCAACAGUUAAACGGCAAGGAAAGCGAGCUGACACGUUAAGUCGUUAACACAAUUCGCCACGACUGGCACAUUUCUGCACGGUGUACGGAGCGGGGUAGAGUGCAGAGCGGAUGUCUGCAAGCGACCCUUCCCGACCCGACAGGAAAAAUGAAGGAAAAACCAGAGCCUGCCUCGUUACCUCCAUUUAGUUAUUGUUUGCCAGUCAGUUUUAAGCAUUGUGUCCCCGUGGGAACGCGUGUUGGAGACAACACAUGACAUGCACCUGCUUGGUGUUUGCUCGCUUUCCGCGAUGCAAUUAGAUACGACAGGUGAUGCUCUUUGUUGUUGGCGAAAGGCGGUUAGGUCGUCAACAGAAACUGUGUAGUGCCCACUUCCUCUUCACCAGGGCACGUUUGAUUUUUCUCAUUGUCCAGGGCACGCAAGUUCACCCGUGUGUAACCCUGCGUGGGGUAAACACUUAUUGCCCUUAGUCAAUAAAACACUUGCUGUUUACGAAACAUGGACAGUUGAGCAGAUUUCUACUUGACCCUAAAAAAGGUGUAUAAACAACCUCCAUAAUCCCACACUUAACUUUGGGCUUCUAUUAAAGAGUGCAAACAAUUGCCUGCAAAUAUUUAUGGCUGGAGUUUCUGAGCCAGUAAUUCCCUGUAAUGAACAAUUGUUAAACCGUUUCUUGUUAAAUUGCUUGCUGUUUAAGAAACAGCCGUGAAGCCCUCUUGCAAGUGAUAGGAUGCAAUCCACCAUAUGUUGUCCUAUUGAGCAGUGAAGGAUUCUCAAAAAUGAGCCGUGUAUUGUGCUGUUGCACAAAUUAAACCUGAAUGAUGAACUGUGAUUUGCCACAGAGCGAGAAAGGAAAAAGAUUUAUGCGGCCAAAAUGACGGGCUGGCAUGUAAAACUCUUACAAGUAAAUCCGUUGUGAUGACACUUGUAAACACCAGCAUACGUUUUGGUCUGCUCAUUGGUCAUAUGUUGAACUGUUGUCAUCGAAUUGCCAUGGUCUCUUAAUCAGGUGCUGCAGAUAGUCUCACAUUCUUUGUGGACAUGGUGCUGUCUCUUAUUUUUUUCAUGUUGUGCAUCCCCACGCAAACCCGGUGCACACGAUGGCCCUUUUACAUUAGCUCAAAUUCCGCGACCGAGGGGCAUACGCCUUACUCCCCCCCCCGUCCCCCAUUCCGUCUCAGAACUUCUGUGUCACAACCCCAAUCCCUUGCACGACUCUGGAGCAUUCCACGGCGUCACGAGACCUAUAAAUCGGCAGACCCGUAGAGUGCUAAUGUUGUGGAGGGGGAAGGGUUGGUGGUGGUGGUGACUCCAGGGUUGGGGUGUGCCCCCUUGGGGUCAAGGCCCUCGAGUCCCUGGUUCUGGCAGACUUGAAGGGGAGGGAGUUGAAAAGGGUUCAUGUCGCAUCACAUGUCACUUACAGCAUUGCACUUGCAACCAUUAUCAGGCAUUGACCUAUGCAAAAAAAUGCUACACGGUCAAUUGCAAAACAAAGCUUUCUUAUAAAAUUGGAUUACCAUACUAUAGUGAUCUUUUAGUAAAAUACCUAGGUUAAUUCUUAAAGGCCUUGCAUACAUUUAGUUUGUUUUAGAUUUAGCCCAGAUAAGUUAAUUGGCACUUACCUGGAGCUUGAAUCAACAAGUACGAAUGUAUAUAUUACUGUACUUUUAUGUUCUGGUAAGUAUUUUAUAAUUUGUGCUUUUUGGAGGGACAAAGAAAAAGCACAUUUUCUAUUUAUGACCAAAUUUUCCCUUCCUGUGGCAAUCUGUGGAUUUUUAUGGUGCUUUUAAUGUUAUGGUGUGAUCCAAACAUUUUUGUUUCUUGAUAGCGAUUAGAAUAUAGCAUAACUAUUGUUAAUGUCCGUUUCCAUUUACAAUAGAGCAAUCGAUUGUCUGGCAAGCUGAUGUGUAUUCAACAAAGCAUGCAAUUGCCUUACAUUUUGAACGUAAAGCAGGGAAAUCAUAACCGCUACGAUUUAAUGUAUUCCUGUGUGAAUUACAAUUAAACACUUUGUUACAAAUGUGAAUGCAGGCAUAUCCCCAACCCUAUCGAAUUCCCUGCAUUUAAUUACACAAUUCAGUAUUUUAAAAAUUACGGGUAUUUACUGAAAGGGAAUACAAGUCUUCAGGAUAAGUAUUGUCAGUUGUGUAGCAACUGAACAGUAGUUCUGGCUUCGAUUUUGGCACUCAUCAGCAAACAGCGGCCAGUUACAGAAUUAAUGCAGGCAAAAACUCGGAUGGACACCUUAAGCUCAAUUCGGAACAAACGGCUUAAACAUGGUACGAAUUUAACACACUUUAUUUUUUUCCCAUCAAAUGUGUAGGAAAAAAAUUCCCAAUGCAGUAUGUGUAUUUACCUUUUUCAAUCUACUCAGAAAAUAUCUUAGUGUAUAUCGUUUCAUUUUAAUAAGGACAUGCUUACAAUAACCUGCAUAGUUUGAGUAAAAAUAAGGUUCAAUGGGGUUCUGUUUGGACUAGUGUUCCCAUCUGCUGCGAGAGAUGGCUGUUAAACACCACCCGGAUGUCAGUCCAUGUGUUAAAUUUAGUCUGUUAUACAGAGUACAAAAAUAAUCCGUGGAUCAGUUGUGCGCCUCCCAACAAGAUAUUGUAAUUGGCAUCUUACCAUCGUGAUAAAGGACUUUUUAAUUCAAAAAAAUGUUGAUUUCCUGCCUUAUGCUUGUCAUGGCAUUUGUAUACCAGGCCAAUGCCGAGUACUAAAUCUUGGUAAUGUUCUAGGUUUGCAAUUGCCAGUUUCUGACGUUUGGGGGAAAAAUAAACCAGCUGUGUGAUUUUUUUUUCAUAUUUACAUAAUGUAAUACUAAAUUUUACAUUAAUUUUGAAUAUAUACAUAUAUAAGUACUGCAAUAGGUGUACCCAUGUUUGUGUGAACGCUGGGCCUCAUGCAUGGCAAAUUUAUUCCCUCCAACCCUAAACCUUGCACCAUUAUAAGCAGCACUCCACCGCACUAAAGCAUUGUACAUAGCUUUGUAUAUAGCAUGUUAUUAUUUUCUUUGUACACUAUUCGUUGAAGAUUAGGCAGUACGGGAUUAUCAUUUAUUCUAAAUGUUGAGUGAAUGACUACCUUUUGCAGCUAUGUGUAAUUUCCGUUGCCACUUUAGUAUUGUUCUCCCCGACUGGUAAACAUUGCAACUAAGACUCACGAGUGACGAGAACUUCGUUUGAUUGCCACUGAUUUUGAUGAAAUUCAACAAAUAUAGGACUGGCUGUAACUGUCUAAUGAUCUCGUCACCUUUGCGUUGAUGUGAUUUUUUUUAAACCUUGUGUCCUGUCAUUUCUGCCGUUAAUGACUUGAUGUAAUUACAUCGUGAAAAUCUUGCGCGCUGACAAAGGCAUCGUUGUACGAAGUGCGGCAACGUAAAAAGAUCGUCUUACCGUCCCAACUAAAAGCAUGGACAUCGUCGAUUGACACUUUUGUUGUACACCACAUUUUGUCCCCUUUCUUACAAUUCCCUGAUGGGGGCUAUUUUGGCUUGAGUUAUUUUUUUAAGUUACGCACACAAUUUCUUCCAGCGUGUGCGCACACAUUUGCAAGGGAUGGUUCAUGUGUGCUCUCCGAACUGAAAAAAGAGGCUCCUGAUUGCUACUGACAGUGCAGUGUUUGGAAGUUAGCUGUAAAAAAUGUAUGCUGUGUAUGUACUGUAUAUUGUAUUGCUGUUCCCUAUUAUAUUAUGUAAUAAUAUAGUUUAUUAAAGUUUAUUAUAAAGUUUA